AGUUUUUGUUUUUGUUCCAGUUUCUUGUCAACUCAUGUCAGUGCUGCUGGUGAACUAAUUUUGCCUUAAUCAAGACAAUAUUUGUAAUAUUUAUUUAUGAUUAUCAAUCAAAGUAUAUUUUAGAAAGUAUAUUUAAAUUAUGUAAAAGGAAUUUAGAUGUAUACAAUCCAGUUACCAUCAUCAUCAACGAAAUUUUCUAAGGAAGAAAUGUUUCGAUAUCACUCAUAUUUGAAGGCACUAUGCAGUUCCAGCCAGCGAAUUUUUGCUCGAAAUUUGACCGGUGGUGCUAAUUACCUACCUCUACCUAAAUUGCCUGUGCCAGCAUUAAAAGACACACUCACCAGGUAUUUGAGGACGGUUAAACCAUUCCUAAAUGACGAGGAAUACCGACUGACUGAAAAAAGAGUGAAUGACUUCGCAUCAGGUGUCGGAGCAAAACUUCAAGAACUAUUGAUGAAGCGAGCAGAAACAAAAGAUAAUUGGCUGGCAGACUGGUGGCUAAAAGUGGCUUACAUGGAGUUCCGUUCUCCCGUGGUCUAUUUCUCCAGUCCGGGUCUGGUGUUUCCCAAGACCGAGUUCAGAAAUGCUGACGAUCGCAUUCGCUACGCCUCGCAGCUUGUAGCGGCAGCUGUCAAUUUCAAGCUCACAAUCCACAACCAUGGCCUGAAGCAAGACAUGAUGCGCACUAUACCACAGGACAUGUCUCAAUACUACCAGGUGUUCGGCACAUGUCGCAUACCCAAUAAGCCGGGUGACCUUCUCGAGUUCCAUCCCAACUCCAGGCACAUUGUUGUCAUGCACAAAAACCAUAUGUUCAAGUUGGACGUGGUGACGCCAGGUGGCACUGCAGUCGGCACUAAACAGUUGGCGCGAAAUUUAAAACGAAUUUUUGAGCUGAGUCGUAAGCCGGCCCCGCCGAUCGGAAUUCUCACGUCGAACAAUCGCGACGACUGGGCUGAUGACGUCAAACUGCUCAAAGGACACGAGGAGAACUGGCGCUCUCUGGACACAAUUGCCGACUCGCUGUUCGUGUUGUGUUUUGACAGUCAACUGCCCCCCGCACCCGUACAGUUCCACGACAUGAACCUGGCCGCCAGUCUGUGCAUGCAUGGCGGGGGAAGCAGGUACAACGGGGGCAACCGCUGGUACGACAAAACCAUUCAGUUUAUAAUUGGUGACGAGGGGCACGUUGGUCUAACCUAUGAACACAGUCCGGCAGAAGGAGUGGCCAUAGCUCGUAUGAUGGAUCACAUCGUCGAUAAAAUAUCAGCCAAUGAAAAAGAUAGUGGAGCCGGCGGGGAUUGUUCAGAAUCUGAUUGUCAAAUACAAGAAUUGGAGUUCUGCUUAUCGAAAGAAGUCGAGCAACGUAUUAAAAAAGCUGCUUCCAAUCUUGACGAAUUAGUGGGGGAUGUUGAAACGGCCUGUUUCAAGUUUGAUGCUUUCGGCAAGGACUUCAUCAAAACUUUAAAGUUGAGUCCUGACAGUUUUCUGCAGAUGGCUAUGCAGUACGCUUUCUAUAGAAUCCACAAAGAGCCAGGCGCUCACUACGAAUCGGCAGCGUUGCGUUCGUUCGCGGGCGGGCGCACUGAGACGAUUCGCUCGUGUUCGCUUGAGUCGGUCAAGUUCGCGCAAACCAUGCUCAGCUCCAAGGCGUCCAAGGCUGAGAAGGUGCAAACACUCAAGGCUGCCGUUGACGGUCACCGAAAGCUGGCUAUGGAGGCAUCCCAGGGUCAAGGCGUGGACAGACACCUCCUGGGUCUGAAACUAAUGGCCCAGGAGAAGGGAAUCGAAGUACCGGACCUCUACACCGACCCGGGUUAUGUCAGGAGUCUGCAUAUGCGAAUGUCUACUAGUCAGGUUCCAUCCAAGUCAGACGGUUUCAUGGUGUACGGGCCCCUGGUUCCGGACGGCUACGGCUGUUGCUACAAUCCGCGUGACAAUGACGUCAAUUUCGGCAUCACUGCGCAUGUGUCGGACUCAGGCACCAGUGCUACCAACUUCAGAGACGCACUGGAGAGAUCGCUCCUUGAUAUGCGGGACCUUUUCAUCCCUGCGUCCAAGUAUUGAGCCGGUUUUCGCUCGGAAAACUAUUGAAGCCGCUCAAAAAACCAUCAAAAUCGAUCAUAAUUAAAACAUUACUGGAUCAGAUGAAAAUUCUAGACUAUUAUUGCAUGGAAAUUGAUGAGGUCAAUACCUGCGUCCAAAUUUUGAGUCGGUUUUCGCUCAAAAAUCGACCAUAAUAGCUCAGGAAUCAUCAAAAUCGAUUGAGAAAUGAUCAUCACAUAAUAGAAACAUUACUGAAUCGGAAAAACUGUUCAGACAAAAAUUCUGGCUAUUAUUGCAUGGAAAUUGUUCGAAACCGCUCAAAAAUUGAUCUUUAAAGCACAAAAACCCCAUCAAAAUUGAUCGAGAAAUGAUCACUCAAUCAUUAAAACAUCAAUGAAUCGGAAAAACUGUUCAGACAAAAAUUCUGGCUAUUAUUGCAUGGAAAUUGUUCGAACCGCUCAAAAAUUGAUCUUUAAAGCACAAAAACCCUAUCAAAAUUGUUCAAGAAAUGAUCACUCAAUCAUUAAAACAUCAAUGAAUCUGAAAAAGGGUUCAGACAAAAAUUCUAGACUAUUAUUGCGUGAAAAUUGAUUGGUCAUCCAUAAAACACAGUAAACUCAGUCGAAAAUUGAUAGGUAUAUUCUGAAAAUUCAAUUGAAUUAAAUAUAUAGAAAUGUCGAAAAUUCAAGAACAUUAUUGCUCGAAAAUUCAGUAAAAUGAUCAGCAUUCUUUCAAAACACCGUUGGAUCAAUAACAUAGCCCAAAUUGUCUAUGAAUAUUGCCAUAGCCACCUCUAAUACAAGGCCCCGGCCUACGAUAUUGCAACGUCGCAGUGUAGGCCUAGAAUCUAAUGCAUGAUUGGUGAACAAGAUUGAAAAAAAGGCCAGCUGAUCUUUCUCACCAAUCAUGUAUUAGAUUCUAUGCCUACACUGCGACGUUGCAAUAUCGUAGACCGGGGCCUUGUAUUAGCCAUCAACAGUCAAAAAUCAACAAUCUAUCUUUUUUUUUGUCUUAAAAAUCAACAGUCUAUUUUGGAAGCAUCACUGAAUCAACAAGACAAGAUUAGUUUAAAUUCUAGACUAUCAUUGUUCAGAAAAUUAUCAGUAUAUUUUGCUAAGACAUAAUUGAAAAUUAACAGUUUAUCAUCGGUAUUAUUGUAUUGUAUUAGUUCAUUUUGGAAAAAUCGUUGACUCGAAAACAUAGUUUAGUCGAAAAUUCUUAAAUAUUAUUUCUUAUAUAUUGAUCAAUAUAUUUUGCAAACAUAAUUGAAAACUAACAAUUUAUUAGUAAUCAUCGAAUAUCACUGAGUAUUUCGAAAAAGACUAGACAAAGUACAAAAUUGUGGCCACUUGCACAAAAGUCCAAUCAAAUUUAACCGCCGUAAAUGAGUCAUCUAACAGAACCAAUGAAUGAAUCUGAUGUUAAUGAAACGUCAUUCUACGGUUGUUGAAUUCAAUUAGAUUUUUAUGUAACUGAGUCUUGGAAAAAUUGUAGAAUAACAUUUUUAUCAUAGUGUUCAGAUUUUUGUGUAACUGAGGCUUGAAAAAAUUGUAGAGUAACAUUUUUAUCAUAGUGUUCAUAAACUCUGUAAUGUACCAAGCGAGAUAGAUAACUGGAUUCCCACACGACAGUGACAUUGAAAAUAUAAUUCCUAUAGGUUCUAAUGGGAUUUUUCACACUCGCUCGGCCGGGCUGGAUGUGAACAGUCAAAUUAUAUUUCCAAUUUUCCUUGUCACAGUGCGAAUCUAGCUUCAAUCUGUGAUCAGUGCUGUGCAGAUGUAUAAUUAAUAUAAUCAGAUCAAUCACAAUAGCUGAUCCUGUUUAGUGUAAACUCACUCAAUGUAAACACCCACCUACGAAACAAACUACUUGAUAUUAAUCAUUGACUUAUUGAUAAAGGUUCUAUUGGACAUAUAUUUAUUUUUAAAAUAUUUUAUUGUGAGCAUUGUAUGUGGUUAUUGGAUAUAAGGAAAAUUUACAAGUAUUUUAUUAUUGUUGACUUUGUAUUAUUCAAAUUUUAUAUUGUGUUUUGUAUUGUGGAAAUAAUAAAACAGUAUUACUAUAAAA